AUGCAAGACAUCCAUGGAAAUUUGGAACGUACUCAUGAAUUUGGGAGAAGGAGAGGAGCAAGAAAAAUACAACAAAUUUACCGUGGCCAUGAAGAAGUUCGAAGACUUCAAGAUGAUGCCCAACGAAGCUAUUACCGACAUGGAGCUCAGAUUCACGAAGCUAUCACCGACAUGGAGCUCAGAUUCACAAAGCUCAUGGGUGAUCUCUCAGACCUCGGAAAGGAGCUUACUGAAAAGGAAAAGAACUUGAAGAUUAUUCGAGGACUCCCAAAAUCAUGGGAUAUGAAGGUCAUAGCAAUGAGAGAUCAUCGCGACAUGAAAACUACUAGCACAAACAAAAUCUUCAGUGAUCUGAAAGCAUGUGAGUUCGAGCACGAAUCGAAGGAAUCGGAAGAACUCGAGAUCAGAAAUGUAGCCUUGGUGGCCAACCAACAAGCAUCAACGUCAAAUAGGUCAACUUCUAACUCUUGCAAUUUUUUAUUUGACGAACAAUAUGCUUUGUUUGUAAGGAAAAUGAAAAGGUUUAUGCAGAAGAACAACUUCCAAGACUUUCAAAGACCAUCAAGCCGAAGGCAACAUGAAAGAUCUUCACUUCCACCAAGACAAGAAACAAUGGAUUCCCAAAUGCUGUGCUGCAACUGUCGAAAGCCUGGACAUUUCAAAGCAAAUUGUCCACAUCCAUUGGCCAGCAAACAUCAGGACACCGGUGUUAUAAAAAGCACAUCAAAAGAAAGCAGCGAGUCCAUCAAACAAAGUGACAAACUAGAGACAUCAAACUCAAGAAACGAGAUAAGAAGAAAAGCAAUGGUCGUGAAUGAAACGGCUGACAACAUAGAAACCGAGAGCAGUUCCUCAAGCUUAAGCUCAGAUGAUGAUGGCGCUGAAGAAGAAAAUGGACUGCUGUGUCUGUUCAGCGAGGAAGAAGAAUUAAAUGAAUUGUGCCUCAUGGCUCAAGAUGAAGAGGUAGAUUCUCAAUCCUCUUCCUUUCUUUCAUUAGAAACUAGCUCAACCAGUGACAAAAAUUCCAAUGAAUCAGUUAGUGAAAUGAUGUGGAAAUUUACGAUCAUAAAUAGCACAUACUCAAAACUAAAAGAGGAGAACUCUCGACUAUUGAUCAGCCACAAUGAGCUAAGGCGAUUUCAAAUAGAGAACAUAAAGCUAGCCAUUGUAAAAGAUCAGCUCGAAAAGCAAGUUCUAUCUCUUAAAGAGCAGUGUACAGAAAUGGAGAUAUGGGAGCAAAAAUUGCGUGAGAUUCUUGAUUCGUUCAAUAAUUCGUCCAAUCUAAUGGACCGAAUGGUAAAUGGAUCAAAACCGCUUGGGGAAAGAACCGGAAUUGGUUAUGACCUCGGCUCCUCUUCACAUGUCGCCUUAAACAAACCCACAAAUGUCUAUACUCGUGAAAGUUUUAAAUCUGCUUUUAUUCAAGGCCCCACUCAAGUAUUUGAGCCAGUGACCAGGGUUUACAAUGGUGAAGUACCACAAUCAACAAGCUUACCUAAGGUAACGGCUGUACAACGAAUUGUGGAACCGAGAAAUGAAAACUCCUUGAAAGGAAAUCCUAGGCACAAAAAUGCCAAAUGGAAUGGACCAAAAGGCAAUAGAUCUAAUCUAUACCAAAAGAAGGUUCAACCUACAUGUAAUAAUCAAUCGAGGACAAAACCGAAUGUUAAUCAGAGGUAA